AUGGGCAUUCACCACCUUCACAAAGUAAUCGCAGAUCACGCAGCAAAGGCUAUCAACGCAAAUGAAAUCAAGAGCUAUUUUGGUAGAAAAGUGGCUAUCGAUGCAUCAAUGUCGAUAUACCAGUUUUUGAUAGCCGUGAGACAGUCAGACGGGCAACAGUUGACAAGUGACACUGGAGAGACGACGAGUCAUUUGAUGGGAAUGUUUUAUCGCACGAUUCGAAUGGUUGAAAAUGGAAUUAAACCCGUCUAUGUGUUUGAUGGAAAACCGCCUACACUGAAAUCGGGCGAGCUUGCCAAGAGAUUGGAACGUAGAAAAGAAGCAACCAAGAAUCUUGAAGAAGCUCACGAAACCGGCGAAGCGGCUGACAUUGACAAAUACAGCAGACGCACAGUGAAAGUGACCCCAGAGCAUAACGCAGAGUGCAAAAAAUUAUUGAAACUUAUGGGAAUUCCAUAUAUAGAUGCUCCUUGUGAAGCAGAAGCUCAAUGUGCAGCUCUUGCACGAGCGGGAAAGGUCUUUGCGGCUGCAUCAGAAGAUAUGGACACUCUCACAUUUAACGCUCCAAUACUUCUUCGUCACUUGACAUUUACCGAGAGUAGAAAGAUGCCCAUUGAUGAGAUACAUCUUGAUAAAGCACUAGAAGGGCUAGAACUGAACAUGGACGAAUUUAUAGACCUCUGUAUUCUAUUGGGAUGUGAUUAUUGUGAGUCAAUCAAAGGCAUCGGACCACAUCGUGCUUACGAGUUGAUCAAGAAACACAGAAAUCUCGAAACGGUUAUUAAAGAACUCGAUCCCAAGAGAUAUCCCAUUCCCGAUGAUUGGCGUUACAAGGAAGCACGAGAGCUGUUUCGUAAUCCGGAUGUUGUUGAUCCGACAACCGUCGAAAUAAAAUGGAACACCCCAGACGUAGAUGCUGUUGUUGAUUUCCUUGUACGUGAAAAAGCAUUCAGUGAAGAGCGUGUCCGCAAGGGACUGGAUAAAAUAACAAAGAAUAUUAAAGCUGCGACGCAAGUACGCUUGGACAGUUUCUUUACUGCUGCUCCCGCCAAAGAUACACCUAAAAAGCGAAAGGCAGAAGAAACAGCAGCCAGUAAAAGUAACGGAAAAACUAGCAAAAAACGACGAUCAUCUAACAAGUAG